GGUGAAGGAGCCGACCUACAUGAGAUUGGCGGGAGAGCCUGCUGAUCUAGUGCAGACAGCGGCCAAGUUGAGCGUAACUAACGCCAACACCAAAAAAUCGGUUAUAGGAGACGAGGAAGCGAGUCUUUUCGACCGUCUUCUGUUACUGGAGUCCGGAAACUACCAAAUCCGGAUGACCGCCGCCGUGGCGUACUUGAUCACGUUUGUUAAGGGUGGUGUCUUUAUCUUUAAUAAAUCGUCUAUCUAUUAAUCGUUACUACAGGGUGGUGGAUCCAUCCUCAGAUGAUCUGUACAGGGACGCUCCCGCUUCCGUAAACCCACCAGGGAUAGUCCUUUUUGUUUUUGGGUAUGGAUCUCCACAGGCACAGAAGAUGAGAAAAUUAGGGGUGGCUCUAAGCUUGCCCUCGAAACUAAGGCACUCGCGGAUCGAGAACAGGAGGCGGUAAAGAAUUUUGCGAAUCAGGGAACUUGCCUCAAUCUCAACUCCAACUACGAUCCCAAUCAACCCGGAAACUUCAUUAUGACCGAAAUCGGCUUGCCCUUGCUCGUUCGACAUGGAAAAGUUGUGCUGGACCGAGAGACAAUCAUAGGAUUCGACUAGUUGUACACACGGAAACGGAAUGACAAGUCCGAAGAAUUUGAACUGUGUGGACAAGAAGGAGUCGAGUUCUUACUAUUUCAUCGUCUACUUAUAAUAUAAAUCAUUUUCAUUAGACAUUAUUUCUAGCGAAAUUACAAUAUAAAGCAAUCAUGAAACAAACUCUAGCUCUUUUCUAAGCUUGAUCUGUUGACGCAACCACCGCUGGAUAAGCCUGUGUGGGAUUUGCGAAUGCCCCGAGUGUAUUUCAGACAGACUUUUGUGGACCGGGUAAUCGCCUCGAUGAAGGUGAAGAUAACACAACCUAGCUUACUGCAUUUCGAGGCAGGCACAAACUUCUUGAUCGACCAUGCCUCCUUCGCAAUUCAAAUACCAGAGGGCCUGAUUUAAGACUGUAAUCUACUCUGUCUAGUACACAAUAAUAUGAUACUUAUCCAGUUGUAAGCAAGUUCGUCUUCGUUGUCCAUAAGGAAUCCAAGAAACCCACAAUCUUUGCUACUUCAUCUUGGCCUCAUGUUGAUCGCUUGACUCUACAACUUUUGUUUAUAGUACAGCAAAAUUGAAAUAGACAAAGGGCCGCGGCGAGAUGCUCCAAAACCAGGUAGAUGGUUUAGUUGUAUGUGGAGCUCCAAUUGUCGCAAGCCGAACAGCGUGGCUCUGCCAGUAACCUAGAAGUGGAGCUGCCACCUGGAGAGUACACAUUACGGCCACAGCUGUUUACACCAUUUUCAGUAAUUUGAAAACCAAUUACACCAAGAAAUGAAGAAGGCUGGUUAUUUUAUUGCUUUGUGCUUCGUUUUUGAGUUGGCGAGGACGAAGGUUGAUGAAGAUGAAUGAAAUGAUAAGUAACUACAACUCUUGAAGACAGUUACAACAGCUCCAUUCAAAUCAAAGAUCAGUAUCAGUUGACAGCCAACAAGGGUGUAGUAGUAAAAUUAAGUACCAUUUAUUUGUACACUUUCGAGUUCGAGAUCUCUCCUUGCGCUAAAUAGAGUCGAACUCCAGCAACGUCCAGACGCGACUGCAGUCGCGUCGUUGGGACUCCAGGACCACUGUGGAGUCUUUUCUGCAAACCUCUGGCUUGUGCCGCUGUCUGCCAAGAGCCUUUCUUCUUAAGAAGCUGAAAGUUCUGAGUUCUGAGUACCGUUUUUUGUUUGCUGUAAAAAGAAUAUUUGCACUUUGGUCUUCCUCGAUCCAUCUCAUUACAAGCCUUCUGCACUUGGGAUUGCUCAAACUUGAGAAUGAACUGUUUCAGCCUUUAAUCUUCUGCACUGAAAUCGAUCUCGAGUGGUUCAAGUGGUAAUCAGAACCUAUUCAACGCAGGUGGGGCAGGUCCGCAAGGAAUUGCCGCAGAGGCCGUCGUUGAAGAGCAGACGGAGGAGACCGACGUCGGGGAGUGCGAGGACCCGCAAGCAGUCCCGCUGCCACUGGAUUUCGGCGUGGGCGGCGGCUCGGAGAAAAUGGGUGGACCUAUUGACCCCAACAUUAUGGCGGCCAGUAAUGAAUCUUUUGCAUACGACGGAUUUUGAUCCUGAAGAAUAAAGAUUGAAGAUUCAUUAGCGUUUAAGUACGUUUCUUAGGAAUCAAUUUGUGUCAUAGGUCACGAAAUCAAUUUCAAUAAGAAUUUUGACUGAGUAGAAAGAGAUUUCUGGAAGGCGCAACAUGUGUGAAGGGAAAAGUCAUCUCGGCCCUCUAUAGGUGCUCUAAGAAACCCGGGCAACUGCUUCUGCGGUCUCGGAUUGCGGUGACCGAUAUCCAUGAUGGACGUAAGAAAGUUUUUCUUCCAAGCCCGACAGGGCUGCCGGCGUCCACAGGUGAGAGUAAGCUCUUAAUGAAAGUCGAACUCCAACAUUUGAGCCGUGACGACAGGGAGGACGUGCAGUUCGACGUCUCAUUUCCGGGCCCGAACAAAAAAUACGACCCGAAGAACCACGUGCAACCUGCAGCGUUGUAUUUGUUACAGACUAGUAGAAAGUGGAUUGAGGUGUCGGUGUAGUGGAACGAUCUUCAGUUUGACAAUAGCAGUACUCUCGCUCAGUGUCAGUCAGUGUUCUUGAAAUUACUUUGCUGCCCGCCAGUGGUUAGGUAUUAAUUCCAAUUUAGUACAAGAACGACGUCGCCCUUUAUUGCUCACCUGUCGUGUCAGUAUCAAAAGUUUGAGCCAUAAUUUCUCAGGUAUCCAACUACCACGGGUUUUGCUGCAUACUACGUCUUCGAUGUGCGAAACUCUCCUGGGUUAUGGCUGAGUUUUCAUCACUCGCGCCCGCGAGCGUGCAUGCUGUUUGACCUCGUGAUUGAGACGCGCGAUCAAGGUGACAUAGCUCGCAUGACACAGUGUGGCGGAGACAAGGUGGUCGACGCGGGGGCGAUCUUCCCAAAUUUUGGUAUGCUUACUGCUCUGAUGAAUAUAGAUAACGCUGAUCUUUAUCAAUGAAUUAGAGGUCUUGCCUGUCGUGUUUAGAAGUAUUUGCCUGUGUUGAGAACAAGUAUUCUUACGAAGAUAGAGAUAGGAUAAAGAUUUUCAUCAGCAGGUACGACACCGGGAGGGGCCUUGCAGCUUCCGUUCAAGUACGAGAGCGGUCCGAUUAGAGUGCGUGAGGGGAAAGGGCCACGCCAACCGACAAAGGCGUCAUUUUCAUUGCCCCAAGACGCGUGGAUUGUGUUCGAAAUCCAGCACAACUUUAUGCUGUCGCAUCAACAAGCAGUUUUGCACGAAGACGACGAUCCGGUAAUUGAUUAUAUUUUCCAAUCCUGCACGACUCUCAUUACUUUUCAAAUUCAAAGCUUUUUCUUUUCCACUUCUCCUAGUGACGGAGAUGUCGUCAUAAUUUUUCUUUUUGGCAUCAUGAUCAUGAUAUUGAGUUACUUAUUUGAGACAAACUGCAUCAACAAAUAACGCAUUUCAUUCUACACCCGCUCUAAUAGAGCUGGGUAUCUCUUCUUACGUCUACCUGGACCGAAAAAAGUAGAGCAUGAGCAUGACAACGUGUAACAUCAAUCAUCGUUCAGGUUUUCGACACGGACCUGUAUCUCAAGGGGUCUUCGAGCGACGCGAUGACGGUGAAGAAGUGGUUUGCUCUCACGCUUUCCGCAGGCACAAAAUCGUGGUCGAUUGAGUACACGAACGAGCUGUGGGCAGACAGCUUUUCCAUCCUCCGUCAGUGGACUGGAAAUAUUGCUAAGGGUUUCCACAUUGCAUUCUUCACCAUCACCACCAUUCUUGGCCUUUUUCCCAAUGGGAAAUGAUUCAGGGAUGUUCUGGAGAAUGUAAUGCGGGCACCUCUAAUGCUGACGCUUGCGUUCCCAUGUCACUGUCAAUCACGCUAGUGCCAAUACCGAAUGAUCCCUCUCACGGGAGCGCUUACGCAAGCAUUGCCUCGGGGUCCUCGAACAGUAAUAUGAUGACAGCAGGUGGAGCAGGAGGAGAGGCGCCGAGUAUUCUAUCGGUGGUUCCGAAUGGUGACUACCCUCUCUGUGCAGUUUGCGGAGCUUUGGAGGUUCGGGUACGCUUUUCUAGGCCGUUGGAGAUGCCUUCUGUCAACGCAGCAGACGCCGGCGAAGCGCCGUUUCUGUUAGCUGGAGUGCCGCCAACCAUCCUUGGGACGCAGCAAACAGAUAACCUGCGGUGGGGGGACAUGGAGGAGGGAGGCAGCGUGUGGGCGCUCACCUUCAUGCUUCCCGAUGGAUAUCCAGCGCCGAUGAAGUCCUACCACUUGACACUGGGAACGUCACCGAUACUCGCAAAUGUCAUCAUCUGGGAUCAGAACGGGAACCUGCCAAUCUACCGCGCAGACCCGAACGCCUCUCCCUCGAGAGCCCCCGGCUCACCGGCAACUCCACCGCUGUGGGCGGGCGGACCGAUUACGCCAGCAUUGGCAAACGCAAACGGGCAAGCGGCGCCGGUAACGCUAAUGUCUUCGGCAGUAACUCAACAACGAAACAACAUAGCCUCCAUAAAAACAAAUGCAAUGCCAUCUCCAGCCGUGCAGCAACAGCAGCCACAAGCGAAGCCAGUAGAACUCGCUCAAGCUAGUAUGCCCAACCCAGUGGCACAACAGCAAGAGCCCGGUCUAGUAGGAGGCUGGGGGGUGCCACAAAACCCAGGUACCACUGCGGGCGCCACUUCUUCUAGUGGUACUCCCGCUAAUGUUGCGCCAGAUCCUCAGCCGGUUCGUGGGAGCGCUCAAGACUUGCCACCCCGGCCGCCGCCGAAGGAGGUGCCUAAUCCUAACAGCAAGUAUGUUCCACCAGCGUGGGACGUCGAUGGUAAAGCGCAGCAACAAAGUGGCUCUAGUACAAGCGGGGGCGGCGCCUUUUCCUCCCGUGUGCCGCAGUUUGCCUCGCGGGGGAUGCCAGGCACUCCCGCUGGAGGAUCAGGUAGUACAAAUGCUCAACAAGCUCAGCCAGCCGCGACCAGUGUAGGUGGUGACGAAGGUCCGAGUGACCCGUUCGCCGCAAAGGGCUCAACCCCACGACGCGGUCGCAGUAGACUCAUUAGUCGAAACUGGGGUGCCGGCUUCAACACCGGUGCAGAUGGCGCCAAUGGCGACGCAUCUUCUACCUUUUCUAGUAGUGCUGGUGCCAACAACAAGAAGCCUUUGACGAAGAAGCAGUUGUGCGAGGGCGAUUUUAGUUCAACGUCGUCCAUUCUUGCAGCUUUUUAUUACCCGCUGUCGUUCUUGAGUCCCUAUUCGCUCAAUGAGAAGACAGAGCAAUGCGAGUUCCUCCCGUACUCAUACUUAUGCACUGGGGUUCGUGUACUAAGUGCAGGCAGUAGAAGUAGAUUCUCACAGCUUAGAUUCUUUUUUGUUCUGAGAAGUUUAUGCGAAACUGCAAGGAUUCCCGCAACACUAUCAGAAUUCUUACCGGGAUAAAUCCUGCUCAGCGAAAACUCAUCUUAAUUGUAAGUACUUGCUAAAUAUAUAUCAAAGACUAGGAGGGAGUACUUCUUCAAUCCACAUCAUACUUGCUUAGAGUUAGGUUUUGGUUUAAUUUACGACGAACGAGAACAAGAAAAGCUUAUACCCUUUGCUUCUCUGGAUCUCUAAUAAAAGUGCAGUUUCUUGCCUCGUCGGACGCAAUACCGUUUUACUUGCAGCUUUGUGGCGCGUGCAUCGUCCUCUACCUUCUUCUUUUUGGUUAUCGAAGGUGGCGUAUGGCGCUUCGCCACAAAGACCUGGAGGAAGAGGAUGAGUCCGUUUUUCGUCCUCAUGUCCUACGAAGGGAGGCAGAAAUGGAGGAAUUUCUUUGAAAAUCAAUGGGAAAGAAAAAUAUCUCAACGAACAUCUACACGAACGAGCUGUAGCUUUGAUAGUAAACAACUCCAUCAACGGGAACGAAGUAUGUCCAUGCAUGUUAGUACUUGAGUAUGUACAUCUCGUUGAUGAUAGUUACAUAUGGCGCAACGAUCCUAAAAUGGUUCCAAUGCGUCGGGAUCGAUUAAUUUUUUUCAUUGAGACUUAUUACAAUUUUAUUGCUUGCCAUGAUGUUGUAUUCGUGUUGGUAUUCUUGUCUGCUCAGUCUUCAUAAUUAGCCAGCUUCAUCUUGAUCCAGGGCUAAGACUUUACCAUGAAGCACGCUCCAACUUGUACUACUACAACGAUAUAUUUUAUUAACGCGCAAACGUCAACGUGGGAGUGGGGUUUAUUCUGCUCACAUACAAGUCUCUCAAAAUGUCAUUUCCUCUAUCGAAAAAAAGGAUCAAAGAGACAGCUUCUUAUUUUUUAGGCGAUGCAAGUGGAACUACGGAUAGUCUUCUCGUGUUUCAAAAUGAAAGCGAAAUGCUAAUGAUAUGGGGCACCUUAUCAAGGAUAGUUGUGGUUGAACUUCGAAGAAAGGACCGGGGGAGCUGCAGUUGUUACGAUCUUGGUUAUUGUAAGUAAUAGGAUAUGAGAUGAAUGAUUUUCUGUCCAUAUUCAUUUGUUCAAUAAUUUCAGACUCUGUUAUGGACCUGUAUUCUUCUGGGAUUCAUCUUCAGAACGACGAAGAUUCCUCAUCAAGAACGAAGUUGUAGGUGAGGAACAUACGAGACUUCGCAGAUCUCAAUUAUCGCAGCAACUACUGCAGAAGAGUGCGGCGCUACAUCGGGCGAGAAGAUUACUG